UUAAAAUAUUUGUUAUAUAUUACAUAGAGUUGUCGAUGUCUCACUGUUGUAUAUAUGUCAAACCACUAUUUACGCUUUUCCUUGAAACGUGCCGCGUAAUCAUUCUCGAGAGAUGCAUCAUCUCUGAAAUCCGAUUCACAUUUUUUUUCUCUUCGACAAUUAACGAAUCUCCACGACGAUUUAAUUGUUGAAGAUAAAUAGAAGUAUUUUUCGAUUGCCGCGACGUUAGUGCGCAUGUCAUAUAUAUUUCUUAUACUUGUUGCAUUCGUUAGACGUAUAUAAUUUCGUCAGAGUUAAAAUAUAAAUACGUAUAUACAUAACACAUACACACACAUACGCGCGCGCGCGCGUAUCCAUAAAAAAUGUAUUCUCUUUCUCGAAAAAUUUUCGAACAAAAUUCGAAUAAAAUAUUCAAAGAAGAUUAUAGUAUAGACAAUACAUAAAAAAAAUGUUACGUGUAUGACUACAUAAACAUGAAAUCAUAAAUGUAAUUUUUAUCUUAUGAGCUGGAGAAUCUGGUAAAUCUACAAUAGUAAAACAGAUGAAAAUAAUUCAUGAAACUGGCUAUAGUAAAGAAGAAUGUGAACAAUAUAAGCCAGUAGUAUAUAGUAACGCAAUACAAAGUUUAAUGGCAAUAAUCAGAGCUAUGGGGCAAUUAAGAAUUGAUUUUGCUGAUUCUAGUAAGGCAGAUAUAGCCCGACAAUUCUUCACCCUAGCUUCAGCAGCAGAAGAAGGUGAACUUACAGGAGAGUUAGUAUUGUUAAUGAAGAGACUGUGGCAAGAUGCAGGUGUACAACUUUGUUUCACACGUAGUAGAGAAUAUCAAUUGAACGAUUCGGCUGCAUAUUAUCUAAAUGCUCUGGAUCGUAUAGCACAACCUAAUUAUAUUCCUACUCAGCAAGACGUUCUUAGAACACGUGUGAAAACUACAGGAAUUGUGGAAACUCAUUUUUCAUUUAAAGGAUUACAUUUCAAAAUGUUUGAUGUCGGUGGUCAACGGUCAGAGAGAAAAAAAUGGAUACACUGUUUUGAGGGUGUUACAGCCAUUAUUUUUUGUGUUGCUCUCAGUGGUUAUGAUUUGGUCCUUGCAGAGGAUGAAGAAAUGAAUAGAAUGAUUGAAUCGAUGAAGCUAUUUGAUUCCAUAUGCAAUAGCAAGUGGUUUGUUGAGACGUCAAUCAUACUGUUCCUUAACAAAAAGGAUCUUUUUGAAGAAAAAAUUGCUAGAAGUCCGUUAACCAUUUGUUUCCCGGAUUAUAAAGGUGCUAACACUUAUGAGGAAUGUGCAUCUUAUAUUCAAAUGAAAUUCGAAAAUUUAAAUAAAAGGAAAGAUCAGAAACAAAUUUAUACACAUUUCACAUGUGCCACAGAUACAUCUAAUAUACAAUUUGUAUUCGAUGCUGUGACCGACGUCAUAAUUAAGAAUAAUUUAAGCAAUUGUGGAUUAUUAAGCUAAGUGUUGCAAUACUCCAUUAUUUUAUAAAAUGUAAAAAAAUCUUUCCAAAUAUUGGAAACACAACGAUCAAUUUAUAGACAUGACAAAAAAGAGACUGUAUUAAAACUGUAAAGAAAGGGAGGGGAAAACAGUUUAUUAUCAUGUAAACACAUGUACUAAUCUCAUAAGACUUUUACUUUGACAUCUCAUUAACAUUUAGUAUAUCCUAUAUUCUUUUUUAUUAGGUAUUUCCUUACUGGAUCCCGUACUUUUUAACACAGCAUCCUUUUUUUCUAUAUUAUUAUAUGCUGACAAUGAAUCGCUUUUCGUUUCAUCUGAAUUUAAUUUCGAAUAAUGCGCGCAACGAUAUACAGUAUGUGUACACAAACACACACGCACACACACACACAUAUCACACUUGAAAUUGUAAAUUUAUAAUCAAUCUGGAUUUGUAAGAAUCGAUUUUUUUUCUUCAUCUACAAAAAGAUAAAGCGUGCAGACGGAAGAUCUCUUAAUUUUUUAUUCAUUGUAUUUAAGAUCGAUCAGGAUCUAGUUAGUUAUUAAUUUAAGACUCUUCGCAAGUCAACAAUGAAUUUUGCAUUGAUUUAUUUAAACAUAAUCAUGUAAGUUGAAAUAAUAUCAAUGCAUCAUUCCAAUAUAUUGUCGUGCUACAAAUGAAUGCUGUGCGAAAUUAAUUUAAAGUUAUGGAACGCGAAAACACAAUCGUUAUGUGAUUUAGUGCGCAACAGUUCUUCCCCUUAAAAAUUUAAAUAUCUUCGGUAAACUAUCUUGUGAAUUAAGAGAAAGUACAAGAAACUCGUAUCAUUAACUACGUAUAGCGUAACAAGAAAGAAUUUUAAUUUUAAAUGAGAAAUGAUGUAUAUAUUAAAAUGCAUCCACAUAUUAUUCGUUAUAAACUGUUGCUAGGAUCGGGAUAGUCUUUUGUACUCUUGACGUAUCCGCGGUGCAUUGUCAUUCGUUGAGUCAUUCUUGUACUUUCCGUUUCUGAUGUCAUCAACAAUCUAAAAUGAUUGAAAUGUGGCUCGUAAGAAUCGUUAUGGGAUAUAUUCGUUUUUGUACAUAAUUUAUUUGCUAAAAGGGAUUAAUGUGUUAUAACUAAAAGCAUACUCUUCCGGAUUUGUGUUCACAGCCAUUUACAUUGAUUUACACAUGAUCUUAGUUUUUGUGACAGGCACAGCGCUUUGUGUUUACAAUAUAUUUAUAUAUAUAUAUAUUCGUCACACACACAUAAAUUUCGCGAAAACAUUUUUUUAUAUAUCAUUCUACAAUGUAUAAAGUAAAGGGACCAAUUUUAUAUCUCCGUUUAACAAGAGCACAAAUAAAUCAAUUGGCAUCAAAAUCGAAGGACGGUUAUGUGCUACUUAGAUAAAUAAAAUUUCUUUUUUUUUAUGAAACAAUAUUAAUUCAUUACUGUUAAUAUCCAUUAAGUGUAGUACUGCAAAUUAGUUGCAGCUUCAAAUAUUUUAUAAUUAAAAUUCUAAGCUAUAACUACAAUAAUAAAAAUUCGAUAUCGAUAUAUUUCGAUGUUUUAGGAAUGUUUCAAUUCUUUUUUUAAAAAUGUAAUUAUUAUUUCAGAGAUAACAAAAAACUAUAUAAACACGUACGCUUUAUACCCAUCGAAUAAUUUUUUAUGGAAUUUCAUAAUGACGACGUCUUUCUUUUUUUUUGUUAUUAAAAUUACAUCAAAAUUGUCUUUCUUUUUAACAAAAAUAUUUUAGAUUAAUAUUCGAUCAUGUGAUUUAUUUUGGAAGAUGUUCCCAGUUUUAUUAAGCACUGUCUGUUAAAAAAAAAAAAAAACAUAUUGGAAAAAUGUAAGUUACGAUGGAAAAAAUGAUUAGAACAUAUAAAAAUACUUUUAAAUGAUGUUUCUAAAAAUAUUAUUUUACUUUCAGAAGGAGAAAAUAGUUUAUAAAUGUGGGAACGAAAUUUUUUUUGUCUACUCGUUUAAGUGUCUCUUCGUGUUGCUACUUAUCGGUAAGCAAGGAAUCUUAAUUUUGUACUACUUUGACAAUAGCUAUCUUUAUAACAUCGAACAACAUAUAUGCAUUCGGCGGUAUACAAAGCUGAAUAAUGAGAAUUACAUUUCAUCUUAAGUU